AGCACAAGCUAUGACGUCAUAUUUUUUAGUACACAUUCGUGUUCAAAAGUAGAUGGGUGUGUGGAUGCUGCCGUUCGGUUUUCUCAAGUUGUGAACGUCCCGUGCCGUGGAAUAUGUGCAGUGUUUAGAUAAAGUUUAUCAUGUGCUGUGUUCCAAAAAUUUAAGUAGUCAUGUUUCGUUGUAUUCCCAUGUUUAAGGGAUGUAAUCGGCAAGUGGAAUAUGUGAACAAGCGUCACUCUUCUCUUCACACCGUCCCAGAAGAUAUUUUGCGCUAUUCUCGGAGCCUAGAGGAACUUUUAUUGGACGCAAAUCACAUCAGAGACUUGCCGAAGAAUUUUUUCCGUCUCCACCGGCUGAGGAAACUAGGCCUUAGUGACAACGAAAUUCGGCUGCUGCCCCCUGACAUCCAAAACUUUGAGAAUUUGGUGGAGCUGAAUGUGUCAAGAAAUGACAUCCCCGACAUUCCCGAAAAUAUCAAGAACUUGCAAGAACUGCAGGUGGCGGACUUCAGCAGCAACCCCAUCCCUAGAUUACCCCCAGGCUUUGUCCAGCUCCGUAACUUGACCGUGCUGGGACUGAAUGACAUGUCCCUCACCUCCCUGCCCUCUGACUUUGGUUCUCUUGUCAGCCUUCAGUCUCUAGAACUACGAGAAAACCUUCUAGAAUUUCUGCCUGAAUCACUAUCUCAACUCUUAAAGCUUGAGCGGUUAGAUCUGGGCGAUAAUAAAAUCGGGGAACUGCCACACCACAUUGGAAAUCUCCCGGCUCUUCAAGAGCUUUGGCUGGAUCACAAUGAACUGCAACACCUUCCCUCGCAAAUAGGCAAUCUGAGGAAGCUGGCAUGCUUGGAUGUGUCAGAGAACCGUUUGGAAGAUUUGCCAGAUGAAAUUUCUGGAUUAAUUUCACUUACUGAUUUACACCUGUCUCAGAAUAACAUUGAAACUCUACCUGAUGGAAUAGGAGCUUUAGAAAAGUUAACUAUUCUGAAGAUAGACCAAAAUAGACUCAUUUCACUCAAUGUGAACAUUGGAAAAUGUGUAAGCCUGCAAGAACUAAUAUUAACUGAAAACUUUUUAAUGGAAUUGCCCUCAUCAAUUGGAUUUUUAGUUAAAAUGACAAAUUUGAAUGUUGAUCGAAAUAGUCUUCGCACUUUACCUCCAGAAAUUGGAAAUCUUGAGAACUUGGGGGUAUUUUCCUUAAGGGACAACAAACUGCAGUUUAUGCCUCCUCAAUUGGGGAAUUGCAAACUUCUGCAUGUCUUAGAUGUUUCUGGAAAUAGGUUACAAUAUUUACCAAUGUCAUUGGCAAAUUUAAAUCUUAAAGCUGUCUGGUUGUCUGAAAACCAAGCCCAGCCUCUUUUAAAAUUCCAGACGGACACUGAUGAGCAGUCUGGUGAACAAGUUCUUACUUGUUUCCUUCUCCCACAGUUGGAGUAUCACCCAGAGCACAAUCAAGUGAGCAGCAUUUAUGAUAGAGAGGGCUUCUCUUCCGUGUCACUCUCAGAAAUCCAGAAGACUGAUGAUUCAGAUGAUGAAGGCUGGCAGGAACGUGAAGAAUCACGCACUCAUUCAGUAAAGUUCACAGACGAUCUAAAUACAAAUGAACAAGAUAAAGAAACACCGUUUGUGCGACAAAACACUCCUCACCCACGAGAACUUAAAGCAAAGGCUCAUAAACUAUUUGGAAAGGGAGGUAAAAGUCCAGACUCAAAGGAUGUAGAUGAUGUUGGUCUGCAAGCUGCUGAUGUGCCAGUUCACAAAGAGGAAGUCAGAGAAGAUGAAGCAGUAAGUGACCAUAGCAAUCAAUCAGCCGACCCUGCCGCUGUUAAUAACUUGGGUCCUGAACAUGAAGAACUGGAAACUGAGAAGGAUUUGAUUGAUGAAAAUGAGGCGCCAGAAUCUGAGCAGGAUGGGGAGAAGCAUGUUGGGUUUGAGGGAGUGGUGGAGGGCGAAGGGUCAAGACCAAAUCGUCUUCAUCGCAGAGACACACCACAUCACCUCAAGAACAAGCGAAUCAACUCACAAACUAUUGAUCAAGAUAAGGUUGCAUCUAUAAUAGCUCAGGCUUUAACAAAGAAGAACGAUACAGAGAGUGUGGAUGCAGGCAACUAUCCAAUGUACACAAAUCCAUCAGAUGUGGUACAGUCAGUGGAAUUGAGAGAAGAGCGGUAUAACAUACAUAUUGAGAGGACAUCUGCUGGUCUUGGCCUAUCAAUUGCUGGUGGUCUUGGAUCAACACCGUUCAAAGGUGAUGAUGAAGGGAUAUUUAUUUCAAGGGUUACUGAAGGUGGACCCGCAGACUUGGCUGGACUUCGGGUGGGUGACAAGGUUUUAACAGUGAAUGGAAAAUCACUUGUUGGAACAGACCACUGGACAGCAGUUGAAGCCUUAAAAGCUGCUGGAGGAACAUUGGACCUGUUUGUGGCUCGUGAAGUUACUCGAAUAGUAGCAAAGACUCAUGGAACAGCGUCCUCAUCACCUGCUUCCACACCUAUAUUCCGUCCUGGUGAUUCUGCCUGCUCAAGUCUUGGCACUAGCCGGGCCACUAGUGCUACCUCUCAUCAAUCAAUUCUCACAUCUGGCUUUGAAAGUACAGGAAAUGUAGCUGGUUUAGAAAAAGUCAGAGCGCUGGAAAAUGGACAAGGAGAUGAAUUGUAUGCAGAAGUGUACAAUAAGGUUAAGCGUAUCCCAGAGCCACUUAAAGGGGUGGGAUCUGAUACAGAAGUGCGAAAAGUAGUGGUGUAUACAACGCUUAUAAGAGAUUCUAAUGGUCUUGGAUUCAGUAUUGCAGGAGGGAAGGGUUGCCCUCCAUUUCGGUCUGAUGGAAAUCCAGAUUCAAUAUAUAUUUCAAGGAUUACUGAAGGUGGAGUUGCUGAAAAAGAUGGCAAGCUCUUGGUUGGAGACCGUAUUAUAUCAAUUAAUGGUGUGGACUUAAGUGGAGCCAGACAUGAUCAAGCUGUAGCCAUGCUAACAGGCUUGGAUAGGUUUGUUCGACUUGUUGCUGAGCGUGAAGUUCUAGUCGGUAAAGGCCAGAGCCCAUCGCCUUCACCAGCUGAAAAAAGUCCUCAUGUGUUUGGUGCACCCAAACCAUACACUGGUCUUUAUAAUGCCAACAGUUACAUGGCUAAUAGGCCAGGUUUCAGAAGAGCAUCCCCAGGUAGCCCUGGAUAUAUGUCCACUAUAUCUUCACCAGAUGUAAAUUCAUCGGUUAAAUUUGGUUUACCAUCAUCACCUGCCCCAACUCCCACCACACCCACCCCUCCCCAUGUAACGCCAACGUCAGUAGUUAACUCACCAGUGCCACUUAAUUCAGUGACUGAAAAUAAUUCAGUUGCAACUCCAAAAGUGAAUGGAGUGGAGCCUCCUCGACCCGCUCCACGAACUCGGCUUACUAGCAGUAACUCAACUUCAGGAGAAUCCCCGCAGCUCCCCAAAGCGAUCACAAGCGAAGAGUUCCAGGCCAUGAUCCCAGCUCGCUUCCGUGGUGAGGAGGAGGCGCCUAGUGGCCCCACAGUCACCGUCACCAUCAAACAACCUUCUGACAUGAGCCUUCAGUUUCCCCCGCCCCCCACCACUCUAGGCAAAGUCACCGAGGUCAUCACCAAAAGUACCUUCACUGAAACUGUGGUGACUCGCGUCACAGAUAACAAGCUCGUCACCCCAGCCCCUAAGGAGGAGGUGACAUUAGUGAAAGAUGGAGGAUCUCUUGGAUUCAGUAUCAUAGGUGGAACUGAUCAUUCUUGUGUCCCUUUUGGAGGGGGAAAGCCAGGCAUCUUUAUCUCACAUAUUGUACCUGAGGGUAUUGCAGCACAAUCUGGUGCUCUACGCAUGGGUGACAGAAUUCUUGAGGUCUCUGGUGAAGAUGUAACAAAAUGUACUCACCAGGAAGCAGUCUUGACUCUCCUACAGCCUGGGAAUUCCAUAACACUUCUUGUUCAACAUGAUCCGGUUCCUGAUGGUUUCCAGCUGUCAAACAUAGAAUAUGUGCCUUCUAUGGAGUUGACCAUUGUUAAGCAAGAUGGUGAGAAACUUGGAAUGCAUAUCAAAGGAGGUCUCAGAGGCCACAGAGGGAACCCUCUUGACAAAACCGAUGAAGGUGUUUUCAUAUCAAAAAUUAACUCUGGUGGGGCUGCUAAAAGAGAUGGCAGAUUAAAGGUGGGAAUGAGGUUAUUAGAAGUCAACAAUGCAUCUUUAUUGGGAGCUUCUCACCAAGAAGCAGUGAAUGCACUACGUUGUGCAGGCAACACUAUUCGACUUGUAGUUUGUAAAGGAUAUGACAGGGCUGAAGUUGAAAGAUUAAUAUCUGAGGGCAAAAUAACCAAAGAGAUGUCCAAAUCCAUAUCUCAAAGUGUCUCAAGUCUCGACAGGGAAGACGAAGAUUCUGCAACACUCAAACAGGAGCAGCAAAUGCGGCAAGAACUUGUCCAAUGGGAACAAGAGCAAGAAGAACGGGAACGAGAGCUAAGAGAAAGAGAAUUAGAACGGGAACGGGAACAGCAAGUUGCCUUACAGCUUGCUCAAAAUGAUAUGCAACUAGAACCUCACAGGGAGAAAUCAACCCCAGAAAGAGUUCUCGAUGUAGUCAGAGCUGCUGAAAUGUUAGUUAAGCCAUCAAGUCCCACUGAAUUACUGGUUCCUAAAUCUCCUGGAGGACCGAAGUCUGCUGAAAGUCUGAAAACGACUACUAUUGUCAUGAGCAAACAUACCUUAGCACCUCAAACCAGCCUGGGCGCACCAACAUCUAACAUGAUAUUGGAAGGAGCACCAUCUUCUUCUAACCCCACACCCAAAAAACUGCCUUCCUCUCACCCCCAUCCCAACCCUGGCAACCUUGGUGCAAAAUCUUUAUCAGAAUCGACACUUAAUAAGCCUCUGCAGGAAACCUCCUUCCAAUCUUUUUCUAAACAACCUUCGCGUAAACAAAACAUGAGAACCUCUCAAGGCGAAAACUCCACUUACAAGAGUGCUAUUUCAACACCCAUAGAUGAACGUGUAUUGAUUCCUAAAUGCCCUCAUCCUGACCGUCCAAUUCAUACAACAAAAUCUACUUCUGGAAAAUUUCUUCUUUCUCAGUCCUUGGAUAAUCUUGAAAGGGAGACAACAUUUCAAAAAAUGGAGUCAUCUGAGACCUUACAUGGUACUUAUUCUUCAGCUUCUCCUAGUCAAGCACACAAUAAGCAUCAACCAGAGUUUACUAACAAAUUUAGUGGCCAGAGCAAGGCAGGACAUGAAGAACUAGUUUCACACCUGAUGCAUUCAAAGGAGGAAUCUUCCUCAGUCUCCACAAACAGGGAAUUUUCUUCAGUUGGCAUCGACAAACAGAUUUCCUCAGUUGCUACAGAUAAGGAAUUUUCCUCAGUUUCUACCAACAAGGAAUUUGCUUCAGUUGCUACAGAUAAGGAAUUUUCCUCAGUUGCUACCAACAAGGAAUUUUCCUCAAUUGCUACAAACAAGGAAUUUUCCUCAAUUGCUACCAACAAGGAAUUUUCCUCAGUUGCUACUAACACGGAAUUUUCCUCAGUUGCCUCGGGUAAAGAAUUUUCUUCAGUAGCCUCAGACAAGGAAGCUUCUUCAGUUGCCUCAGACAAGAAAGCUUCCUCAGUACCCACAUACAGGCACUUAAGCUCAGCCCCAGCCUCCUCGCUGAAGGAACCAUCUUCUAUUACAUCAAGCAAUCAAUUUGGCUCUUCUUCCUCUACUAGGGAACUUUCAUCAGCUUUCUCAGAAAAAAUAAAUUUAUCAGCUUCCUCAGAACAGGAAUAUAGGUCAGCUUUCUCUAAAAAAGAACAUUCAUCAGCUGCCAGAGUGAAAGAGGUUCCUCCUUCAAACACUCCUCCUCCGAGUACGGUUCCACUUUCAAGUCAAUAUCACUCUGUGUACGAAGCAGAGUCUAAAAGAUCUUCAAUUUUCCAAGAGAGUGUAGAUUUUAGGGAGAACAUUAUCAGUAAGCAAUUAGAUGAGAGUUACAAUUAUAGAAUUAAUGAGCCCUCUUCAACCCAAACUCCAACCAAGUAUAGAGGCUCUAGUACAACUGAGUCAUAUUGUUUUCUAGGUAGCAUACCAACUCCUUCAAGUACAGUUUCAGGCCUUCCGCCUUAUUUAGAUCAUAAACUGGGUGAUAUUCAGGUAGCAGAGGCCAAAGUAAUUCCCCCUCCUGUACAAUUCAGAUCUGUUGACCCUCCCUCCGUUAUCCAUCCACCUAAGCUGAGUCAGGAACCUAAAGGAAGUCCCUCUGUUCUUCCAUCAUCAUUUCUUAAUUCUUUGAUUGCAUCUCAACCUUCUAGCAAUUGCAGAAGUGAUGCUGAAGAGAUUGAUACUCCUCCACCUGUUUGCUAUGCUACUAUGCCCACAUCAAGUACAAGUACUUUUAUUCUCACAGAGCUUUCUGACACUGAUCAGCGUCCAAUAUUCCCUAUUUCCACAGUCAGCCCAGUCCCAUAUUCAAUGCCCGUUGCAUGUGAGAAUCAGUAUGGGGAACCCACAGAUUCAAAAAUCUCUGAUUUUGUACCGUCUGCAUCAUCAGCUUUAGGUGUAUUGGCAUCUUUACAGAAUCCACUGACUAUGGUAGCACACUCACAUUUGGCAUCGCCAAGCCGUGCACAGUGCACCUUUCCCAUCCACUUGCACCCCUCCCAUCCCGAAUCCCCACGUCGCUCUGCAUGGAGCAUUCUGGACAACCAACUGGACAGAACUGUAUCUUCACACCAGGCUGCGAGUGCACCCCUUGCCAACUCCGCCCAAAAUUCCAGUGCAGUGUCAGGAAAUAUCACAGCUGUGACAACCUCCACUGCAACUGCAAGUGUUUCUUCUCCUCCUGCCCCUCCUCAGAAAAUGUCUGUGAGUGACAAGAUGAAGUUCUUUGAAAAAGCCAUGGAGGAGCAGCAUCAGCCAUCUCCCAAACCAGAAAAAGUAUUUAGCUUUUUAAGUCAAGAUGAGAUUGAACGUAUGAAGCAGGAAGAAGAAAAGAAAAUUGCAUCCCUCUCUCGAUCAGAGCUCAAGACUCUGACCAACAUGGUUGAACAUGAUGAAGAAGAUGAGGAUCGCAAUGAAAGCUGUAAUGAACCAGACAUUAGCUCGAACAGGAACGCACCCAGUACACCUGUCAGAGAAGUACCUGUCCGCACUGCGAAAGCGGAGAGAAGGCGAAAAGAGAGACUUUUGCAGGAGGGUGUACUGACGGACGAGGAGGACAAGGAACUUUCUCCAGCUGAACAACGUGCUUUACGAGCCGAGAAACGAGCUGCGUGGCGUCAAGCACGUUUUAAAUCUCUGGAGCAGGAUGCGAUGCAAGCUCAAAUGGUUAUUAAGAAAAUGAGUGAAAUGAUCGACAAUGAUCAAAAUAAACCAAACACCAGUCCAGAAUCUGAAGCUGUGCCAGCACCAGCCUCUGGUGUAGAAGAAACUGACACUGUACCCUUCAAUAAUAAUAAUUUUGAAAAUAGCCAUUUGCAUCACAAUAAUAGUGUGUAUCCUGAUGGUGAAAAUAAUGUAGAGCUGGAGGUUGAAACAACACGUGAGAAGAUCAUAUCUUUGGAACUCUGCAGUCCCGGUGAAGCCAAGGACCACAUUCUUAUUAACCCCGCCACACCAGUCUCUCCGACUUUACAGGACGAAGAUGAGGAUGAAGAAGUCGAAGAAGAAGAGCAACAGUCUUCUGACAUUCCGUCAUCAACUCCCACUUCCCCUACUACAGAGGAUGGUCCGGAACCCAACAACGCCAAUAAGAAAAAGAGGCGUAAGCGCAGCAAGAAGAAACACUAGAUUAUCUCGCAGAUUUUGUGUAUUUUCAUGUGAUUGAUUUUAUCAUGAACUUGAUAAUUAUCUACAUUAUUAGUCGACCUUCAAAUUUGACUCUUAUUUAUUUGGUCCUCAGCUGUUGGACAUAAUUCCUUUUUAAGUUUUCAAUGUGUAUGUACAUUUUUAAUUGUAAUGUGAAGUUUUAUUAAACUUACCUUUAUUUCCAAGAGGUCUUUAUGUUCAGUGUAAUAUUUCUGAUUUUAAGUAAGUUUUAUUGUAUUUAUUUUUAUGUAAAGAAAAAGAUGUUUACUUGCUGGUGUUGAUUGUUGUGUGCAGCUGUUUCCCUCCAUUUAUAAUGAAUUGUAAAGGAAGGAUGUUUUAGAAUGUGAGAGUCCAAAGUAAAGAUACAUGCCCUCUUUAUAUCUUGUUGAGGCCAUUUAUUCACAUAGCACCUGGAACAUCACAAUUCCUGCCUGUAAAGUGACUGAUUAAUUAAUUCCUCUUAUGAUUUGAGAGCUCUCAUGGAUUCCAAACAAAACAAAAAGCCCUGUAUUUUUGUACACUGUUUCUGUUGUUGGGUGUUUCAUGCCCUCUCGUUUAAAUCAGUAAAAAUUUCUGUGAUUCUAUCUGCAUUGUAUCUGAAUUUGCACAACUGAUGAGACCGGAUGCAAAUUUAUGAUUUCCUUGUAAUUAAUUUUUAAUUGUCUCACUCCUAAGCUACAGGGUUAGCUUUUCCCCCAAAAUUAGCUUUUCAGUGUUUUUCUUUUGAAAGAUUUGACUAAUGGUGGGUUGAAAAGACCACUGCCCAGUAUUAUAUGUGCCUUUCUUUGUGUGUUCCUUCCUCAUGAGUCUUAGAGAUUACUUAACACUUUCUAUGGAAUGUUCUUGAUGCAGAUCAAAGAAUCUUUGCAUGACUUUGUUCCAUUCAUUUCAAUAUUGUAAAAAUUCAAUACUUUUGACCAAAUAGUUUGUAAUCCUUCUGUUAUUCAAUGUUGAUUAAUUUCAAAAUGAUUGUUCUGCCUGCCUUUCAUGUCAUGAUUUUAGAGUCAUUCUACUUUUUGACAUAAAUUUUGUAAUUUGUUCUUAUAUUUUGUUGAUGCCAAAUGUCUUAAGACGGAUUCACACCCAUCCGUCCCAAAAUGCACUGUUUCUCCGUCCCUUUAUCCUGGAUUCCAGUUUGUAAUUCAUAUUUCACAUGGCCUAGAGAUGCCUCAAUGUGGUUUUGACUGCAAUAAUAUAAUCAAAAUUAAGCUGUGUCUUAUUCAGCAUUGUCAAAUGCAGCUAAACAAAGUGUCUUCUCACUGUGAUGUUCUAUAAUUUCUGUUUUUACCAAGUUCAUUGUGAGCUUGAGAAUGUUGAAUUUCAGAGAACUGCAGAUUAAAAUUGACCAAAAUGCAAAUUUACUGUUGUGAGGAACUCCACAUUUUGUCCCAACAAUGGUUGAUCAGUGGUGUUGGUUAGUGUUAUCUGUUAUAGAAACUAUAUGCUGUGUACAAAAACAAAGAAUAAACAAAAAAAGGAAUGUUUUAA